AUGUCCCUAUUAACUAUUUAUCUCCUUCCGUGUUUGACUUUAUUGCUGACAUUGAAUUAUUUGAGCGCUAUAGAAAUCCUGAAAAACUCAUUUGUAAAACCUAAAAAUGAAUUAUUUUCCAGACAUCAGUUACCUUCACGUAAACAAUCAUCUGGAGAAUCUACUGAUGAAUUUUUGCAGGCCUUAGGUACACUUUACUUCUUUAGUGGUCUAAGCAAUCAUCAUAUUCGCCAACGACCAAUAAAAAACUCUACUCUUAAACUUUCUGAGGCCUAUAAUCCAGCUCGUUCAUUGGAAAACGCUCAAAGAAAUAACAAAACAUAUUCACUUACAGAGUAUAUUUAUGUUGCUACAGUUAAUAAACAUUCUGAAUGUACUGAUGAGCUUGCUUCAGUUUCUACUGAGGCUAGUGGACUUUUUUAUUUCUGUGGAAGGAAACGUCACCCUCAACAAUCAUGUCCUGCCAGAGAGGCCGAAUGUAACAACUGUCGUAAGAAAGGGCAUUUCAAGAAAGUAUGCAAAUCAUCAAAGAACGUUGUCACGUCUGCUGUUGCAACCUUCCAUGUACCAAGUUUAGCCUUGACUACUUGCUCUUCUACCAACUCACUCAAUUCUAUUGUUUAUAUCUUUAUUGCUAUGGGUUAA